AUGAUGUCGAACCUUGCUGAGCAAAAUUUAACUGAGAAAAAAGAAGAAGGUUAUUCCCAUUCAGAGGCACAUUCAAUUCUUUUCACAUGGAAAAUUGAUCAGAUAGAUUCAUUUAUUAAAUCUGCCCGGGGGGAAGAAAAAACGAUUGACAUAGAUUCUCCAAAAUUUUCAACUGGUGCGAAAAUAAAAGAUUCUUGGCACUUACAACUUAGCAUUGAAAAAGAUGAUCAUGGUAAAUCAAAAGAUAAAUCAUGGGUAUCAAUUUAUUUAUAUUCACACAAUAAAAAGCUAGAAGUUCGAACAAAUUCAAAAACUGCGCUUGGUUGUCCCGCGUUUGUAAAAAUAGAUGAGUUGUUAAAAAAAAAAGAUGAAUUUUUUUCUAAUGAUAGUUUGACAGUUGGUGUUCAUCUCAUUGUCUACGAUGAUUAUGUGGCAACUAAUCACCCGAUAAAUAAAUUGGAAGCGUCCGUAUAUAAAUUAAGUGACGACUUUGGAGACCUUUUAGUUUCUAAGAAGAAAUGUGAUGUUAAAAUUCAAGUCGGUGGAAAAAUAUUUGACGCUCAUAAGAUCGUUUUAAGCACACGUAGCUGUGUCUUCGAUGCCAUGUUCUCACAUGAUAUGAAAGAGAACAAAAAAAAUGAAAUAACUAUACCAGAUGUUGAUCCUGAUGUUUUCGAGAAAGUUCUUGAUUACAUCUACACAGACAAAGUCGACGAUUUUAAGAUUUUUGCUGAGGAAUUAUUGCAAGUGUCUGAUAAAUAUCAACUUCUAGGACUUAAAGAAAUCUGUGAAGAAUCUUUGUCAGAAACAAUAUCUGUUGAAAAUUCUAUCAGGAUAUUGAUUUUAGCUGAUCUUCACAAUUCAAAAAGAUUGGUGGAAUUUGCUAAAAAUUAUAUAGUUACCGAGUUGGUGAAUUUAAAAGAUACAGAGGAGUAUAAAGCACUGGAAGAGUCUCAUCCAGCUUUGUUUAAACUCCGAGAAAUUGCUGACAAAUCCAAUAAUGUUGUCAUUAUUAAAGCAGAUCUCAAGGACUUCAAGGACUUCCCCCGCGUGGUCAAUGAGGUCAGCUCUCAAGUCGGAGAAGCCGGACUCAAUGUAUUGUUCAACAAUGCAGGAGUCGCUACCAAAUUCUCGAGGAUUGGGAUGGUCAAGGCCGAACAACUGACGGAAACUUUCCUGGUUAAUACCGUGGCACCGAUAAUGUUCACCCAGGCAUUCCUACCGCUGCUGAAAAAAGCUGCCGAGGGUAAGCAAGGAUUGGGAGUUCAUCGCGCAGCUGUAGUCAACAUGACAUCCAUAAUCGCCAGCAUCGCCGAGAACAAAAUGGGCGGAUUUUAUCCGUACAUGUGCAGCAAGACUGCUCUUAAUGCUGCUACCAAGUCAAUGAGCAUCGACCUGGAGCACGAUGGGAUCCUGGUAGCUUGCAUGCACCCCGGGUGGGUCAAAACUGACAUGGGGGGAGCCAAUGCUCCUCUGGAUGUUGAGUCCAGCUGCAGAGAUAUGGUCAAAACUAUUUUGGGCCUCUCUGAGAAAGAUAAUGGAGCUUUUCUUCAACAUGAUGGGUCUACAUUACCUUGGUUG